GAUGCAAUUGAUUGUGGUUCACGCGAGCGCAAAGUCUUGCAUUUUAGCGUCGCCGUUGACGCUGCAAUUGCUGUUAGAGUACGCGGAAUGGCGAUCCUGGGACCAAGUGGUUCUCUUCGACAACGUCACCCCGUUCAAUUGUGCUCUUAGUUACGCCCGGCCGGUGAUUGAGUGCUUCGGUGAAAAAGGCAUCAGUGUUUCUUUGCAAUCGGCGACGAAUCCGAAUUUACCAGACGCUCUCACGAUUCAAAAACACCGUAUCGGAGCGAUUGUGCUUGUGGACGAUCUCAAUGUGACAUCAUCUGAUAACAUUAUUCAAAUGGCUUCCCAGAAAUUUCUGUUCAACUAUUACAUAUCCUGGCUCAUGGUGACCACGAGAAACACCGACUCCACCAUCGACACCGUUCUUCGGGAUUUAAAUAUCGGUAUCGACAGCGACGUAGUUGUUGCUACGUCGCCGUGGCAGAACGACGCUAUCUCUUGGAAAUACGCACAGAAAUACCGGGAGAAAAUAUGUCGGUCUUUCCGGCAAUACGGCGAUCAUUACCAGUUUACGGGACCGCCGGAAGGACGCAACGUCGAAAACGCGACGACUAAUCUGAGCUACGCCGUAGUGGAGAACCGAUCGGUAUCCUUCUACCUGACGCACACGUACAAGAUACGUCACGCCGACAACACGAGUCUCAUCGUGCGAUAUCUCGGCUUCUGGAAUCCGGGAUCUCACACGCUGAAACCGCCGAUCAACGUGAAGUUGAGAAACGAUUUUAACGGUCUUCCCAUCAUUUUUGGCUUCUUGAACGGAACGAGCGACGGACUCGCGGACGUUACCGAGACAGAGGCGACCGAUAUAACACCACUUGUGGACUUUGCCACCAUCGUCACCAGCAGUGUGAACGCCAGAGUCGAAUUGGUGCCGCACGAGAAACUCGGUACGUUAACUAACAAAGUAUGGAGUCACCUUCUCGGUGACGUUGUAACGGGCACCGUUGACAUCGGUUUGGGAUAUAUAACGUCCAACGACGAGGAACGUUGGAAAGAAAUGACUUUCAGCCAUCCUCUGAUACGAUACAUGAGAAAUAUUUAUUAUCAUCCAUUGGAAAUCGGCACAAUGAGAGACAUAUUUCUGCAACCGUUCGACAACCGAUUGCUCGGUUGCGUCGCGGGAACUUACAUCAUUAUGUUGAUAGCUAUGACAACAGUAAUUUACGUAGCCAAACCAGUUCUAAACGACGAGGCUGGUAAACACGUCGGAGUUGGAGAGGCCGCCCUUUGGUGUCUGAGCAUCAUGUGCAUGCAAGGAUCACCCUGGGCGCCUCGCACUCCGUCCGGAAAGACUUUGCUGUUAUUCAGCUUGAUAUUCUCCCUCGUGAUGUACAAUGCUUAUGCCGGUUUCAUCACAUCUAUACUGUCGGUGCAGGCCAGCGGAAUCAAAUCGGUCACCGAUCUUCUUUUUAACAACUUCAAGCUAGGAUACAGUAUCGCCGACGAUACUUGGUUAAGAAACGCGAACGACAGUAGCCUCCGUCAGUUGUACAUAAAGGCGUUCAACAACCGUGAAUCUGGUUUGGAAACCACAACGGGCCUGAUGAAGGCCGUGAACGGCCGUUACGGAUUUUUCGCCAGCGCGACUCUCGCAAGACGAGCCCUCAGAACGACGUUUAUACAGGAGCGAUGCACCUUGAAGGAGCUGGCGCUUCCACAAACACUCACCGUCGUCGCUCUUCCGAUGGCGAAGACCUGUCCUUACAGGAAGAUCAUAAAUCUCAAUAUUCUGCGCUCGUCCGAGUACGGCGUGCUGAACAAGAUUCAGGAGCGAAUGUUGCCGACGAUGCCGCGCUGCGCGUCGUCCGCCGCUUUCCACAGCGCGAGACUCGCCGACGUUUAUUCCGCGUUCUUCCUCCUGGUGGCGGGCAUGAUCACCGCGAUCUCCAUUGGCAUCGUCGAGAGGAUAUGGAACAAGAGGAGGCAGAUGCGCGAGACGAUAAUACGCGGCAUUUGUCAUCACAAUCUGCUACCGCACAUUCACUUUCAUCAUCACCAUCACGUCAACCCUCAGCUUCGUCAUCCCGACGUCAGUGACGGGAUGUCCUCGAGCACCGGAUUGCGCGAUCCCGCUUAUCAUGCUCGCCAGAUGUGGCCGCUCGUUGGUCUGCGGGACCGCGACGCGGUCGUUACCCCGGAAAAAUCGAGAGCGACGGGAUUGGAGUCGCGUUUCCAGGUGAGACGACGAUCCGCGGUAUCCAAGAGAGUGUUCUGGCCCUCGUUCGCGGGCUUGUCCAAGAAGAAGACGAGAACAAACGAGAGAACCACGCCGAGCGCGGAGGCAAACCAAGUCUUCUCGUUUCGCGAGUGAACGCCGAA